GUCAUAUGAAGACUACUCUGCUGUUACAUAGAGAGAGAGAGAGAGAGAGAGAGAGAGAGAGAGAGAGAGAGAGAGGGAGGGAGCGAGAGGAGUUCAGCUUCAGCAGCAACAGACACGCUGAAAAAAACUUGCAACUAUGUGAAUGGGACAAAAAGCAAAGGGAACAAAACAUGUAGGGCCCAACUGAAUCCUGCAUCCUCAGACUGAAUCAGAGAAAGGAGGUCAGUGUGAUGAACACCAUGCUUCCUCAGAGGAGUGCUGUCGCCACACUGGGCUACAGCUCAGACUGUGUGAAGAUUGAGCACAGCGGCAGUGGCUCAGUGGGUGGGACAUUGCUGAGGGGCUCUCGCUCUAAAGCAGAGCUACAGGACCUGAUGGAGACACUGCAGCGCAGGAAGAGUGCUCUGGAGGCCAGUUUGAGGGCAGCUGAGUGCAGCCGCACGUACCUCAGCGUGCCCUCACCUGUUGGAUCCCAGUCCACAAGGCCACCGUCAAUCCUCAGCAAUACCGAACGGCCCCCGUCUGCCUCCAGAACUUUUUCCUACAUGACCAGCAGCAGCAGCGUGCCUCCAUCACCUCGACAAGGUGAACGCCAGCUGAACCCUAACGGCUUACAUCGUCAUUCCCACUCUCGCCACCAGUCACAAGACAGUCUGCUCCUCUCUUACGCAGCAGAUGGAAGCUCUCUGCUCUCCUCCUAUGGGCAGCCCCUACCUCGUUCUCCCAGGGUCAAAAGUGGAGCAGCCAGCGUGCCGUCCAGUCCUCGCAUGGGCCGCAGGCUCUACUCUCAGGGCAAAGCUGGACAAGACUCCCGGCAGAGGAAAUACUCCACUGGCUCCCUCCAUAGCCUGGGGACGCAUAGCCGUUCUCUGCCACGGCUUCACAACGCAGCAGAGCCCCCUGCACUGUCGCUACCAUCACGACACUCAGUGGGUUCCCACAGAGGAGUGGGCUCAGCAGGGCAACGGCGCAGUCUCUCCUCCCUCGAGCAGCCACCAGAUGUGACAGUACCAGCCAGCAUGCCCAGCACUCCCAGGAGGGCCAGCCUGGCCUCUCUGAGCUCUCUGGGUGUAGAGAUAGACGGGACAGGCUUAGAUCUGGGCUUCGGAGAGAGGAGGUUAUCCUUUGGGAAGGGUGGGCUGGGUCCAGGACAAAGGGUGGGCAGCAUCAGCUCCUUGAAUGGCAAAGAGGAGCUUAGAGAUUAUCACCAGCACCAGAGAGAUGAACGACUCAGGGAGCAGAAAGUGCAGAGAUUGGAGUGCCAGCGUCUCGAGACCAUCUUAAACCUGUGUACUGAGUUUGGCCAUGUGGAGAGAGAGCCGGCAGGCUCAGCUGUUUCUGACCUGCAGAAGAUCAAUAAGGAAUUGGAGAAGCUGCAGGUGUCAGAGGAUGAGUCAGUGUUCUCUGACUCUCCCAGCAGCGCUGCUCCAGAGAGCUGCUUUGGAGCCAAAGCUAGAGACUUUCAACUCGCUGAGGAUCAGCAGGUCAGCCAGCGUCAGCAGAGCAGCUACAGAGAGGCCAGGUCCCACUCACCUGCUAUCAGCCUGAACAGCAGUGCCCCCUCACCCUCCACCCACCACAGAGCCAAAGCCUUUGAGAGAGUGCAGCUGAAACAGGAAGUAACGCAUAUAGAGGAAGAGAGGAUUCAAGUUCUGAACAACAUAGAGGAGCUGGAGCAGAAGAUCAAAGACCUGGACAACCAGAUGGAGGAGUCUGUCCGAGAGAUGGAGGUGGAGUGUGCUUUGCUGGAGGGGGAACAGGAGUCGGAGAUGGCCCAGCUGCAGAGGGAAAAGGAGCUUCUGGACAAAUUUAAGAAAAAUAUGCAUAUUGAGAAGACGAGCCACACUGAGAAGUCACAGGAGGCUGAGGAGCAGACAAAAAGUUUGGAGGAUUUGGAGUUUCAGAAGCUGGAGAAAGAAAUGAAUCAGGAUGAGUGUAAAGAAAAUGAGAGCCAAGAGCUGCUGCGAGAGAUUGCAGAGUGUCAGCGUCUUACAGUCACACGCAAGGAAAGACUCACGACGCUGAAGAAACAGUCCUCACAGAUUACGUUACAGGCUCAGCAAGAAAGAGAGAAUUUCCAGAGAGAGAAAAACAAUUUGCUCAUCAUGCUUCAGAAGGAGAGAGAGAAACUGGCAUCUUUGGAAGGAAAGUAUGCAGAUUUAUCUGAGGGGCAGACCUUCACCAACAACCCUACAGCCAUCAAAGAGUACUCUCUGAAGGAAAGGAGAAGAAGCAGCAAAGAAAACUCUUCCCACCCAAUUGACAACCUACCUCAUAAGAGGAGCCAGCAGCUCCUCACCUCUUACGGCAGAUCCCUGGGACGCACGCUUCCUUCAAAGCCCCACUUGCCUCUGUCCCAAAGCUCGAGCUGUGGCAGCGUCAUCUCACAAGGCUUCAGCUUCUCCCCCAAGGACCUGAGCACCCGCCGCCUGCCCAAAACAGGCAACAGCCGUGCAAACAUGAAUGAAGACAGACAGAGAAGAAGUGAUUUUUGCAGCAGGAUGAUCUCUGAGCCCAGCGUGUUCUUGGACUCCUUCUCCUACCCGGACAACAGCCAGGCCUCAGACACUGUCAGUGUGGACAGCUCUGACAGCCUGGAGACCAGCUUCUCCGCCUGCUCCCCAGACAAUAUCUCCAGUGCCAGUACGUCCAAUAUGGCAAAGAUCGAGGAGAUGGAGCGUUUACUUCGAGAGGCCCAGGCUGAGAAGCAUAAGCUCCUCGAGAAUCGGGAGCGUGAGAUGGAGAUGCGCAGGCAUGCUCUGGAAGAGGAGCGGAGAAGAAGGGAGGAACUGGAGAAACGACUGCAGGAGGAGACAAGCCGAAGACAGAAACUUGUAGAAAGAGAGGUGAAGCUCAGGGAGAAACAAAGAUCACAGUCCCGGCUGUUGACUCGCUACCUCCCUGUAAGGAAAGAUGACUUUGAUCUUCACGGCCAUAUUGAGGCAGCUGGACACAACCCAGACGCCUGCUUCCAUCUGGCCAUCACUGAUAAAACCUGUCGAGGCUUUCUGGUCAAAAUGGGCGGCAAGAUCAAGACGUGGAAGAAACGCUGGUUUGUCUUCGACCAGAAUCGCAGGACGCUCACCUACUAUGCAGACAAACAUGAGACCAAGAUGAAAGGAGUCAUUUACUUCCAAGCCAUAGAGGAAGUGUACUAUGACCAUUUAAAGAGUGCACACAAAAGCCCCAACCCCUCGCUGACGUUCAGUGUGAAGACCCACGAUCGGGUGUACUACAUGGUGGCUCCGUCCCCUGAGGCCAUGCGUAUCUGGAUGGAUGUUAUGGUUACGGGUGCAGAAGGACACAUGCAUUUCAUGGUGUAACUGAUCCCAACAGGUCAGGGUCCACACCGCUAAAUUCCAUUAGUAAACGUUGUGUCACAUGAGAAGUUUUGCGCCACUUCUCUUGUAUCACCAUUAACAGCAAACGCAUUGUGUAGAGCUGAGAUUGAUGUUCAUCAGGUCAACGAACAAAAAAAUGUACUUCUGUUUACACACUCUAUAAUUUAAUCAUGUAUAACAGAUCAAAAUAAUUGAUUUACAGGUUUUAUAAUUAAGCUGUUUAGUUAUUUCUUUAGUUGUUUAUGUACCGUGGUCACUAAAUCUUGCACCAGUUUAGUAAUGGCAUUGUCUAACUUUAUCCUUCCAUAAACAACAUCUUUGCCGUCUCAUACUUCAGUCAACAAUUGAUCAGGGAAGCUUCUCAAUGAUUAGAGAGAUCUGCUAAACUUCUAAACUGCGGUACGUACUGAUGCUGCUUGUCUAUAAUAGAUGCAUAUCUGCCAAACAGCUUUCUAUAACCUAGCCUUUGGUAAUGUAUGUAUCCGCCAUGUACAAACCAGAGUUUAAGUUCUAGGUCCACCUCUGUUUCGUAGCCCUCUUCUUCUACCCUCCUCUCUACUUCUGGUUGGAUGUCAGGCUGUAUCAGUGGGUCACAACUUCUUGGCGAUCUUUUCCCAGAUAAGAUCAUCCCUUCUGUAUUUGUGUUUGCAAGAAUGCAAAUCUUUAUUUCAUUAUUAUCUCAGAUUUAUUAUUUCUAUAUUAUCACUAAUAUUCAAAUGUAAUUAGUGUGAGUAUUAUUUUACAUUUUUUAACUCAAGCAUUUUAUUGCUGCUGCCAGAUGACAAUCAUAAGCUCAUCUUGUCUGCUUAUUUAAAGCAGGGCUGAAUGUCCACCAUCAGUUUUCCUUCAAACCACAUACAUGUCUCUUUGCAUCACUUUCAUUCCAACGAGUCUUAAUUUGGGCUUUUUCUUCACAUAUGCAAACUUCAGUCAUGGAGGAGAGAUGAUUACAGGCACUUUUCAGGUUUUAUUGUUAUGAAUUAUUAGUAAUUGUUGGCAGAUAUUCUAAUCAUAAAAGUAGAAAAUCUGACCAAAUCACAAUGGUACUGGGUGUCAUGCCUAACACUGUGCAGCUAGCUCCCUCUAUCUAUAGUAGAGGCAGCAGGCCUGAUAUGAUGAGGCCAUGUUGUGCAGCAGGAAUGCUGUACUGUAUGUACUACGUCACCCGCAUUUUGUUCUGUUUGUUCACCAGCAGAGGUCCUCAGUGCAGAGUUAUUGCACUGAAAUGCCGUAAUGCCCCUGCUUCAGGUCCAUACUCCUCAAUGAUCCAUGUUUUCUAAUGCUUAUAUAUCAAAUAUGUGCAUGUAUAAGCACAUGCAUAUCAAGCUUCAGAAUUGUUUUUUGGAAGCUAAACAGAAAUCAUGUUCAGGAUCUUAAGCACAAAUCAAAUUUAGUUUUGAAUGUUUUAUAAAAUACAUAUGUUUGAUCUGUUUUUUUUUUGUUUUUUUACUAUUUGCAACAGUCUGACGGUAUUUGAUAAUUAAAGACCACUAUAACACCAAGCUGUUGGUUUAUAGACUGCAGAGAGCAGGUGAAGCUGCAGAUAAGUUGUUGCC